GUAACUGACAGUUGACAUCUGUUUGUUACUUUCGUGUUUUUUGAAAUAGAAAAAAUAUUAAGUUUAUUUGAAUUAGACCGCUAAUAUUGACGUAUAGUAACAAGGAGGAGAAAUUCGUUAUUUAUAAAAAUUACAUAUAGUUUCUGCUAAUAUGUGUUAAAUAAUAUUGUUUAGAAAAAUUACUGAAAAUUAAGGUGAUAGUGGAGAACAUAAAAGAUGAAAAUUGAAAGCAAACCUCUUCGAUAUGCCCACGCCGAGGGCCACACUGAUGUAUGUUAUUCAGAUGAUGGACAGCAUUUGAUAACUUGCGGUAAUGAUGGUGAUGUUAGAAUAUGGGUUGAUAUUGAAGACGACGACCCUAAUUCUCAUUGUGUUGGAGAAAGUGCAUUGGCUGUAUGUUACAAAGACAAGAGACUUUAUGUUGCAACUGACAAUCAUGCAGUGCAGGCAUAUACAUUUCCCUCUUUUGAUAAAGAUGGUAUUGUCACAAGGUUUACUGCACCUGUUACUCAAAUCAAAUCAACAAAUAAUAUUGAGGCAUUGGGCUGCUCUUCGGAGAAUAUGGAGGCUAGAAUUUGUAGUGUUGAAGGUGGAGCACCUUUAUUCAUUAUAGAGGGACAUAAAGGUCCCGUUCUUAGUACUGCUAUUUGUCCCCACAUGAAAUAUGCUACUACUGCUAGUGGUGAUGGUAUUCUGAGAAUAUGGGAUAUUGACACACAGAAAAUAGUUAAAGAAAUAACUUGUGUUCCUAAGAUAAACACAUUUUAUUCUGCUAAAGUAUUAUGUCGUAUGGAUUUUGAACCUUCACAGGGGAAGCACCUAGCGUAUCCAAAUAAUAGAGAAAUUGUGUUACUGGAUUGUGAAACUUGGGGACAACGGAUGACAUUUACACAUAACUCGAUUAAAUGUGCAAUAUCUCAAUGUUUGUUUUCACCUUGUGGACAAUAUUUGGCUGGUAGCACUGUGGCUGGACAGAUUGCUGUAUGGGAAGUCCAAACUGGAAAUUGUUUUGGCAUUAUAGAACAUCCAACAUCUCAUAAUAUCUCUUCUAUGGCAUGGAAUCCUAAAGGUAAUGGAGUAUUGGCAUAUUGCGAUGUUGCUGGUCAAUUAGGCUCAAUUAUUAAUUGUUAUGGUAAAGACAGCACUCUUCAGAAUGAUAUUGAAAUGGUGGAAAGGGUUGAUGAUGAUGACUUAGUUGACAACUUAAUUCAAAAUAAUGACAGUGAUGAUGAUGACAAUGCCAUUUCUCUGGAGAGAAUAAAGAAUGAAACACUCGGGAAUGUGGAUGAUGAUGAAUAUAGAGCUCCUUCGAGGCUUACUGCACCUGUUCCUGUCACCACGCCCCCGCAACCACCUUUUCAACCUUCGGCUACUCCUGCUCAUCUGGAACAUAGGUAUAUGUGUUGGAAUGAUAUAGGUAUUGUGCGCUGUCACACAUUGGAGAAUGGAGAAUCAAGUAUAGAUGUCGAGUUUCAUGACACAAAUGUGCACCAUGGCAUAAAUUUAAAUAACUACUUGAAUCAUACUAUGGCUAGUUUAUCAUCAACUGUACUUGCUUUGGCAUGCGAGACGCCUAGUAAGCUAGUGUGCAUCUCGCUAGUGGGUAGCAGUAAAGAAUGGAGCGUGUCUAUGUCAGAUAUGGAAGAAAUUUUGUGCAUAGCGGCUGCUAGCGGACUUGUUGCUUGCGCUACUAACGCACGAUUACUGCGUCUCUACACAGCUAUGGGCACACAACGACAGGUAAUAUCAUUGGCGGGGCCAGUGGUGUCUUUAGCGGCUUAUAAUACGACAGUACUAGCCGUGUACCAUAGCAAUGAACCCGGUGUUACAGAUCAACAUCUUGCAAUGGACAUUAUAGCUUUGAAUGAACUCCGCCACUUUUACGGCGCUAUCUGCAGCCGUCAUGAGAUCCUCCUGCGUACAGGUGUAGGGGCAAGCGGGGCAACAUAUCAGGUGUGGAGUGGUCUGAGGCGUAGUACCACACCUGCACGCAAGGAUAAGGCGGAAAUUCUUUCUAAAUUAUGCCAGUCCACACAAUGUGAUAUACUUUGUGUGCAAGAGACCCACCGUGAUGGGAACCAAAGCCGGCCCUACAUCCAUGGGCUGACGCUUAUCGCCGAGAUCCCCGAAAGCGUUAAUGAUCGAAGUCAAAACCUAGGACAUAAUAAACAGUGUGGUCGGCAGGUGCGAAGUAAAACCGUCCCUGUGCCGUUAGGUACAGGUUCGAAAUUAGCUUGGAUCGGAACUACGGACGCGGGUUCCCCUUGCACAUAUGACAGUACUGGUAUAUUGCGUUUGUAUGACGUAGCCAGUGGGGUGUGGAUGCCGAUCUGCGAUACAAAUACACAUUCCAAAGGGGCUUCUGAUACUUGGUUUAUUGUUUCCAUUAGUGAGCCAUCACAGACAGUUCGAGCGAUAUUAUGCAGAGGCACAACAUUCCCUGUUACUGUCCCUAAGCCUAUUGUUGCAGAGCUUCCGAUACAGAUUCCUCUUUGUGAGUUGGAUAGUGAGAAGUCACAGUAUGAAGAGCAACUGGUUCGUUGGGCCCACACUGCGGCCGAUGUCGACGUGAAAGCCGCUAGAGAAACGGCGCUCAAGUUAUUUGCGCUCGCUUGUCGCAGCGAAAUAGAGCAAAGAGCUCUCGAAUUAAUGGAACUAUUGAAAGACGAAAGAUUACUACCUCUAGCCGCUAAAUACGCGUCACGAUUAGGUAGAAUGCAUUUGGCCGAGAAACUAACCGACUUAGCUGAUACGUGGGAGCGAGAUGCCGAUACCCAUAAUAUUGCACAGAAUACUCACUUCCAAGAGCUGGAUACACAGGAGACUUAUGACGUCACUAAUUCUGAAGAACUCAACGCUAGUAUCAUAAUUCCUCAGAAAUCGAAGGAGAAAAAAGUUGAGAAUGUUAUACCAAUAAAACCAGUGCCUAUAAAGUCGUCACCCGGUGGAAAGAGGAAUCCUUUCCGUAUGCAGCACGAGGCUGUUAAGAAUGUGCAGAGUCCACUAAGUUUGACCGAGCGUACUUUAGUAGAAGUACAUUCUAAUGGUGACCACGCAGAGAAUGAAGAUCCUUUAAAACCUCAUGACGGCGAAACGUUCGUUGAUUGGUUUUCACGCAACAAACAAAUAUUGGAACAGCAAAAUCCUGAGAUGACCCCUUCAGAGUUGACUCGGCAGGGCGUUAGAAUGUUCAAGGUUGUCCAAAGUAAAGGAACUGAUUCAAACAAGAGGAAGCUUGAAGACGUUAACGGACCGGAUACUCCAGUGACUAGCGCACCAAAACAGUCCAAACUUAGUGCCUUCGCAUUCCAAAAGAAGUCUUAACUUGUUCUUCACAAAGUCUGUUUUUCCUAGCAUUUUGCAAGUUAAGUUAAUUUUCGAUAUUUUUAUAGCAUUCGACAAUGUAUUACAUGCGAAUUUUUAAGUGGUGAUAUUCGUUUGACGGUAUUUUAAUGCAGUGUUGACAUAAUUAGAUUUAGGUAAAACAAAUCUCGUUCAAGUUUUUGUUUUUAGGUAUUUAUAUAUGACAAUUAAAUAACCGUUCUUUGUAAAUAGUUAUUGCAUAUUAUAGAUAAAUUAAAACAAUUUUAAUAUUU